GUAGAGAGUACAAUUAAAAAACAAUUAUUAUCAUUAUUAAAUCAGUACGAUUUCCCUUGCCAGUUAUCUUCUCCCGUUCGAGUGUUGCUCUGGAGCAAUGAUGAGGAAAGCAAGGCAGCGGCUAAGGAGCAGAUGUUCGCCGCACUGCUGCAGUUAGAAGACGCUUUAGCGAAGUGCAGUAAUGGGAAGAGCUUCUUCGGCGGCGACAUUAUGGGCUUGGUAGACAUCACGCUCGGUUCCUGCCUCCGUUGGCUGGAAGCAAUUGGAACUAUAGAGGGAAUAAACGUUCUGGACAAAACGAAGACCCCUCGGUUGGUUGAGUGGGCGGAGCUCUUCUGUUCCGGCGACCCCGCGAAGGAGGUGCUGCCGGAAGCCGAGAAAUUGGUAGAGUACUACAGGAAAGACUUUGUGGUUCGUCGUGUUGCUGCGGCUUCUGAUCCGCCCAAAUGA